AUGAAAGGGAUAGACGCUGGUGAGUAUGCUCGAGAACUCAUAAAAAAUGCUACCGUUGCAGUUAAACAAGAACCAAAAGACUUUGUUAACCUAAAAAGAGUCUUGAGUCAUGCUUUCAUGAAUACCAAAGCGAAAGGGUAUUCUACUGCUUCCAUUGUAAGUCUCAAGAAACAUGUCUUACAUGGCGUUAACGUUGGGGAUAGUGGGUUAAUGCUAUUUAGAAACAAUAGAAUGCUAUUUCGGUCACCCAUUCAGCAGCAAAAAUUCAACACGCCCUAUCAGUUGGGGAAUGGUUUGAAGACUGAUUCUCCUGACUCUGCUAUGGAGUAUCAGAUGAAAGCAGAAGGAAGAUUAAUGAAUGUGCAAGAAUGUGCCAAGGAAAUAGCACAAGUGGCUCGGUGCCUUUCCAUAUGUAAACUUAGUGGAAGCCCUUUUGAAGAUGCUUGUAAGAAGGUCGGAGUUAAUCAUAAAGGUGGAAAGAUUGAUGAUAUUACAGUUGUAGUUGCUCAUAUUAUUAUAUAG